AGGAACCACAAGAUAUCUACUGGUUGGCCCAAUGUCUUUACCUAACAGCUCAGUAUCAUAGGGCAGCACAUGCCCUUCGAUCGCGUAAGUUGGAUAAGUUAUAUGAAGCAUGUCGCUACCUUGCAGCUAGAUGUCAUUAUGCUGCAAAAGAACAUCAACAGGCCCUGGAUAUUCUUGAUAUGGAAGAGCCAAUCAACAAAAGACUUUUUGAAAAGUACUUGAAGGAUGAAAGUGGACUGAAAGACUCCACCACAGACUGGGAGAUGUCACAAUCCUCU